AUGAACUCCCCGCUGCCGGCGAGUCGGAUGCCCGGGACUGCCGACAAGAUGUGGUCCCCGGUCUCCACCAGGCUAUGGUCGCUGCGCUGGCUGCUUAGCAGAGGCAAGCUGGCCAUGGUCGGCACCUCCUACAGCCCGCGCAGCGCUAGUGACAUCGAGCAGGGGCCCGUCGAAGCCGAGUCCGCCCGCUCGCCUAAGACGUCGAAGACGCCUCCGUCGGCGAACUGA